ACUCACUGUUUGCCUUUCUUUUUAUAAAUUCAUGGGUAUACUAUACAUAUAUAAAAAUAGACUGUAUUUAAAUUAUUGUGUUAUGGCAUUCAAAGUCAUCUUUGAUAAUGUAUUUAUACUAGACUUCUAUGAAAUUCUUUCUAAUUGUCCAAUUAUUUGGAUUUUCUCAUGCUUUAUUUCAAUAAUGUGCAUAUACUUGUUAAACAAUAUUUGCAGUUACUUUUUGAACAACUUCAAAAAAAAAAUAGCAAGUUAAUUUCUUCUCUUUAAACCCAACUCCAAGGAAGAUCACAGGAUACUUAAAGUAAAAGGCCUGAGCAGCUACUCUAGUGGAAUUGGAUUUGUCUCAAGUUCGGACUGAUGGACAUGUUCAAUCUAUUGAUUGUACUUUCAUAUUCUGGCCACAAUGUUUUGUUGAAACUUCAGCAUCUUCAUUCAUCCACCAUCAUCAUCAUCCAACAUCCAUUGAUCAUCCCAGUUCUUCAUCAGUUGUUACCUCAGGACGAAUAUGGCUAAUCCUCGUCACGAAUGGACCGGUGAAGAUGACUUAGUUCUGGUUACAGCACAUGCUCGAUUCCAGCAGUUGCCAGGAAUAUAUAGGAGGAUCACACUAUAUUGAUCGUUUCGGCCAAUUAUCCGAGUCGGCUCUUCGAUCAAGGUACUCCAAGCUUUCUCUAGCAGGACGCAUACCAGAAAUUCUAGGACAAGUUUUGGAACAAGAACACUUGGGAGAGGGAGACGGAGGGCAGCAAGAGGCUCACUUGGGGCAUGGUCAGGGAGAGGGCCACUUUGGAAACGAACAGAGAGAUCAAGGAGGUUUUGAUUUUGAAUACGAUUUUGCAGAGGACCCUGUUUUGUUGGUUAAUAAUGAAGGGGAGAAUGUUGAUGAAGUGAUUCACAUUGAAGAGGGAUUGGACGUUGUUGAAUGGCUGCCUGAUGCAGGAGAGUUAGAUAAUGUAAAUUGGGUCGAUGUGUAUAAUGUGGUUAAUGAAGACGGUGGUGCAGAAGCUGACAACCAAAAUAACGAAGGUGGUGGUGUGGAAGUUAAUAACCAAAACAUUGGUGUUGAUGUGGAAGUUGUAGAUGAAAACAACAAUGAUGGUGGUAUUGUUGUGGGGAAUGAAAACAAUGUUAUUGCUGGUGUGGAAGUUAUUAAUAACCAAAAUAUUGGUGUUGAUGUGGAAGCUGUAGAUGAAAAUAACAAUGAUGGUAUUGUUGUGGGGAAUGAAAACAAUGCUAUUGUUGGUGAAGAUGGUACUGUGGGAGCUAUUUCUGAAUCUGUAGUAGCUAAUGCUCGUGAUCGUGAAGAGGAUUAUACUUGAGACUUACUAGGAACGGAAUGACUUAGUGUGAAUUUUGUUUUGUGCAUAUUUGAAUACUUCCAAACACUUGUCGAAGUCAAUUCAUGUCUACUUUACUUGUACGAUUUUACUUGAACCUGAACUGUGUCUUUGUUUUUUUUAACCACGUUUUGUUGUCUACUAGUUUUGACUUCUUAUUCUUUUCGGAUAAUAACCUGGCAGUUGAAUGUUGUAAAGGAAAUAACACAUGCAUCUAUACUUUCUUACAAAGCAGCUGAUUCAUAUUC